AUGACGAAAUCUAAAUACCUACAUUUGUUCUUCUUCAACAUUUGUAUUGUUUCAAUCAUUUGUUUGCUUGAUAAUAUAGCUGGUGAAGAAAGAGAGGUGCACAUUGUUUACAUGGGAAGUUUACCUCAAGGAGAAUACUUAUCCGGGUCUCACCAUAUUAGUUUACUUCAAGCAAUUGGUCAUAGCAAAAACAUGAUAAAAAAGACAUUAGUGAGAAGUUAUACAAGGAGUUUCAAUGGUUUUACAGUCUAUCUAACUUCAGAGGAAGCAUCAAAACUGAAAAGUAUGGUGGAGGUUGUAUCCGUUUUCAAAAGUCAAAAAUAUCAAACCGCAACAACAAGAUCUUGGGAUUAUAUAGGUUUGACCUUAGAUAUUCCUCGAAAUCAUGCUAUUGAAAGUGAUAUCAUAAUUGGUCAUAUCGACAGUGGUGUAAACCAUGAAGCAAAGAGUUUUUCCGAUCACAAUUUAGGCCAUGUUCCAAGUAAAUGGAAAGGUGUUUGUUGUGGUGGCAAAAAUUUCAUUUGCAACAGAAAGUUGAUUGGAGCGAGGUAUUAUGUUGGAGACACUGCAACAGAUCUAGACGAUCAUGGGACGCUCACGGCCUCUAUCGCAGUUGGUAGGGUGGUAAAAAAUGCCAAUUUUUUCGGUAUAGCAAAUGGGACUGCUAGAGGAGGCGUUCCAUCAGCGAGAAUAGCUACGUACAAAGUGUGUGAGGGUAAAUGUGUUAAUGAAGAUAUUAUGGCCGCAUUUGAUGACGCUAUUGCUGAUAAUGUUGACAUUAUCACUAUUUCACUUGUAUCUGGCCGCCCUGUAAAAAUUAGUGAGGAUGUUAUUGCCAUUGGUUCCUUUCAUGCGAUGGAGAAAGGUAUUUUGACCAUACAAGCAGCUGGAAACGCAGGAAAUGAACUUUUUACAGUUUCAAGUAUUGCUCCAUGGUUGUUUACAGUGGCUGCAAGUAGCAUCGAUAGAAAAAUCAUAACUAAACUUGUCCUUGGAAAUGGACGCACAAUAAUUGUAAGUAUAAAUUUAUUUAUUUGCAGCCACAACAAAAUGUUGGUCUAUGGAAGAGAAAUCACCAACCAUUGUAACGAGUCAAAUGCAAAAAAAUGCAUGGUUGAAUGCAUUGACCCGCCGUUGGUGAAGGGAAGAAUCAUAUUGUGCGAUGAUGAUGGUUCCGAUGCAUUAUUUAAACUUGUGGCUAUUAAUGCAAGUGCAAGUGGGAUUAUAUAUCGACUAAAUGAAGCAUAUGUUGACGAUAUUGAAGCUCAACCUUUUCCCGUUGUGUAUUUGAAUGAUUUCGAUUUUCAUUAUGUUGAAUCUUACCAUAAGUUUGGAAAAUUGGCCUCUGCACGUAUAUUUAGAAGUGAGACGAUUCAUAACAAUAUUGCUCCCAUUGUUGCUUUUUUUUCUAGUAGAGGGCCAAAUAUGAUUAUACCAGGAAUAUUUAAGCCUGAUAUAACUGCACCAGGUGUAGUUAUUUUGGCAGAAAGCCCUAAAGAUACCAAUAUCUCUAUUGGACAAGUCGGUGCUAAGUAUAACUUUGAUUCUGGAACAUCUGUCUCUUGUCCACAUGUUGCUGGAGCGAUUGCAUAUGUGAAAUCAAAACAUCCAGAUUGGUCCGUUUCAGCUAUCAAAUCUUCUCUUAUGACUACCGCUUGGACCAUGAAUAUAAAAUAUAAUGCAGAUGUUGAACUUGGUUAUGGAGCGGGACACAUUAAUCCUGUGAAGGCUACACACCCUGGACUUGUGUACGAGACAUUCAUUCAUGAAUAUAUUAAUAUGUUUUGCAAUCUUGGUUCAGAAGGAUAUAAGUUGAGAAAGAUGUUAGGAACAAGAAAAAAGUGUCCUAAAGGAAUUAGAACUUCUCCAAAUAAUCUCAACUACCCUGCCAUGACAGCCUUAGUUCAUAGUAACUCCACGUUUUCUAUUCAAUUCCGGAGAGUUGUGACAAACGUUGGACAUUCAAAUUCUACAUAUCAUGCUCAAAUUAGUACAAGUGAUAGCAUGAUCUACAUUAAUGUGGAACCAAGUGUCAUGUCUUUUGUUAAUCUCAAGGAGAGGAAAAAAUUUGUUGUGACAGUUAGCGGUCAAUGGCUCAAUCAAGAUUAUGUUUCUUCUUCUUUAGUUUGGUUUGAUGGUAUUCAUAGGGUUAGAAGUCCCAUCCUCUUAUAUAGAUCAUCUCUCAUUUGA